AUGACUCAACAAACCAUCAUUCUCAUCACAGGCGCGAAUUCAGGAGUUGGCUACGCAACCACCCAAGUUCUAGCCGCACACGCAAACCACCAUCUAGACGUAGAAGACGACACCUCCAUAGCUCAAGCAGUCUCCACCGUCGACGAACAAUUCAAUCGACUCGACAUCCUAAUAAACAACGCCGGCUCUGCCGCACCCAACAGCAGCGGCCGCGCCAGACUGAACCAGAUCUUCUCUACCAACGUUAUUGGCGCAACACUGGUCUCAGAGGCUUUCAUUCCCCUCCUCGUCAAAUCAGAAAACCCGUAUCUGAUUCACGUGUCCAGUGGUCUGGGCUCAAUGAAACUGGCGACUGAUCCCAGUAGUCAGAUUUAUGCUGCGCCUUGGGACGAGUAUCGUGCGAGCAAGGCGGCGCUGAAUAUGAUUACUGUUCAGAUGCAUAAGCGGCUGCAGAGUCGUGGUGUGCGGGUUUUCGCGUUCUGUCCUGGUCUUGUGAGGUCGAAUUUGAGGGGUGAGGAUGAGGCUGCUGUUAGUGCGCAGGGGAGGGCUGGGGAUCCGUUGGAGUCUGGUAAGGGGAUUUUGGGGAUUGUGCUUGGAGAGAGGGAUGGGGAGGCUGGUGGUCAGGCGAAGAAGACACUGGAAAGGAACACUGAAAUAAAUAACUCAACGAUCACAAAAGUGCAUCGAGUGCAGACGAUCAAAGCUCUACAGCAAGCGGAGCAAGCGACCGGAGUGUGUGUGCCGAUGGAUCUGCCGCCUUCUCUAAGCGGCCUUCUGGAGGCCUUUUCCAAUGCCGAGGAUGUAGAUCGGUUCGAAAGAGGCGGGGAUAAUUCAGGUUCCUUUGCGCCGUUCAUCGCAUCGGGGAGUAAGCCGAUAUCUAAUCAACCACACAUGAACUUGACGCACAAUGUGCCCCAGACAUAUCCCUUGGACAGCUAUCUUACAACGAUAAAUGAGCUGCUCUCACCACAGACCCCAGAUCUUAUUCUAGGGGAGUGCAGUCAGCCAUUCGAACUGCAGCGAACUUUCCAAGCUCGGCUUCCGAAUCUCUCUGAAGAAAGUAAAGAUUAUUUGCAGUUGAAAGGAGCUCUCAGGAUAGUUCCCAUCGAUCUUCGGAAUGAGUUACUCGGGGCUUAUAUUAAAUAUGUCCAUCCUCUCCUGCCUGUCAUUGAUUUACAAUGGUUUUUAUUAAAUGUCAUGGUCGAGGAUGAAUCCCAAUUCCCGAGCCCACUUCUUCAUCAAGCGGUCAUGUUGGCUGGCAGUGCAUUUAUUGAGCAGGAAACUGCCAUCAAAGCCGGGUUCUCAUCACGGAAAGCAUUGCGAAGAACAUUAUUUGGGCGAGCCAAGCUUCUUUAUGAAUUUGAGACCGAACCCGACGCAUACACCCAGAUCCAGGCAUUAUUACUCAUGAUGCAGUGGCAUGGAAGUGGACAUGGCCACAAAGACCCAACAUACUGGUUCGAUAUCGCCUAUUCAACAGCAGAGCGCAUCGGUCUCCUGGCGGGUUUAGAGACAGGUAGCUUUUCUCACAAGCAUAGACUGUGGUGGUGUCUCUAUGUGCGCGACCGCAUCCUCUCCCUCGGCUUCCGUCGACCAUUACGAAUCCCAAACAGCGAUGUCACAAUGUCGCUACUGGAAUCUACAAGAUACUAUUCCUCUGAGCCAUACCACGAUCUUGUGCUGAUUAUGCUGGGAGAAUCAUCCGCCAUGCUCAACUGGGAAAACCAAGAGCGAAUGAUGCUUCUGUUCAUUCAAGAGAUUAAGCUUGCUCAUUGUGUGGGCGUUCUCAUCAAUCUUCUUUAUCAAGAUGCUUGGUCACCAUCACCAUCGGGGGACUGUGUAUACUCCAUGCUUCUCAAGACCUGGAUUCAGAACCUUCCUGCCCCGGCACAUUAUUUCUCCCCAUCUCUCUUGCACGACUGCCAUACAGAGUCUCCGGAGAUUGUCCUCCUCGUUCACCAGGCAUUCCUGUAUCUCCUCCAUCUCACUGCAAUGUCCAUACUACACCAAGCUGCGUCGAGUCAAGAAGAUGGUCUGCAGACUACUCUCAUCUCGGAAAUGAGAGGAUUGACUUCGCAAGUCAAUGAGAUUCUCAAUGAGCUGCAUGACUGCAGGAUGCUUCAUUUUCUCCCUGGAAGCACUAUUACUAUAUUGAUUAUUAUUCUGGAGGCAAGUCUUCCUGACCUGAAGGUCUCGGAUGACAUUGUGAGGAGGCAGGCCAUGUCGAACUUGUAUGCUUGCGAGGAAGCGGCUGGACAUCUACUACAAACAUACCCUGCGGCUGAGAUUGUUCUUUCACAGGCGCAAAAUGCUCAGAGUUCAACUUUCUAUCCGGAACGCUCUCUAAAAGAGCCGCAGUCUGGUGCUAAUGCUUCCGCGAUUGACUUCGCCAGGCGAGUCUUCAACGAAGAAGAAGCCGGCCGGACUCUGACCGGUGCAUCUAUUCCUGGUGAUACCGGAGCUCCUACGUUGGACAACUCAUUAUGGCAUUUGACAGAGGUAGAGCUUCCCCCAGAGGCCGUGAUAUUAGCCUUAAUCGACGUCUAUUUCGAUCGAAUGCAAUGGUUCAUCUUGCUGUUCCAUGAACCCUCAUUCCGGCAGACCGCACGCAGGAUAAUUUCCCAGACCUCGUGGAGACGCCAAGAUCUCAGUCCUACCAUGGCUGUCCUAGCAGUGGCUAUGAUUGGGCUGCAAUCUGUGCUACCAGAUCAGAGUUGGCCUGGACACGCAUUGUUCCGCGAACACUACAUUGACGGAGAGAAGUUGAUACACGGGUUGAUUAACGAGAUACGCCGGAAUCUACUCGAUAUCUCAAUCGACUGCCGAAUCGAAGCUGUCCAGGUUUGCCUCUUGGUGUCCUGCUAUUAUGUUUACCAUAGCUCGCCAAGUAUUGCUUGGACUGUCUCUGGUAUGGGUGUGAGAUCUGCGUAUGCCCUUCAUCUCUAUACAAAAUCAACCCAAUGUGAAAGUCCAGUCGUGGAUGAGAUUCGCUCUCGCUGUUGGAAUCAAGCUAUUGUCGGUGACACCUUUGCGUCUAUCAUCUAUGGACGACCUUCAUCUAUUGAAACUGGGCUCAUCGCUUUGCAUCCGCUCAGAAACACAGAUGACCUAGUCAUUGAUCCACUUCUGCUGAAAAAUGAAUGGAUAUCUGGUGAUGGAACGCCAACAACGACAGCUGGGUUUUUCGCUAUGAAAUAUGAGAUCUACAACAUCAUCCGACACAUUAUCUCGAGGUUUCGUCGUCUCCAAUUGAGAAAAGAGACAAUAGAAGAGGACCUUCUGAAAAUUGCAGAAGCCUCACAAGACUCAGCGGAACAAUUAACCUGCUGGCGGAAAAGGGUUCCUCGGUUAUUCGAUUUCGAGUUUUGGAGCUGCGACGAUCGCCUGGAGCAGUUCCAACAGCAAAUCGAAGGAUUACCGCAACGCACUAAAUACCAGGCAGAAACGAUCAUCUUGCAGGCCGCAACUCUCCAACUGACAUACGAGGGAGCUCUGAUACAGGCCUGUCGACCUUUACUCGAGCAGAAAAUCACCAGUUCUUGCUCACGCUCGGUUGUAGACGCAAUCCACGAGUCAUUGAGAGUGGCCACUGCAGCUGCAUUGCGAAUAUCUCGCAUUCCAGUCCUCCGUUUCAAGCAUCAUUUCGCCGAAUCCUUCGCUUCUCUACAACAAUUUACGGCAGGAGUCAUCCUUUGCAUCCUGCCAACUAGUCAACCUUUCACUACAGCUGCGCACGAGGCCAAGGCUGGAAUAAUGCGUAUCAUCCAUGCCAGUAUAGCUUUUGGGCCACAUAAUCGCAUUGCGAAACAAACCGCGCAACUUCUGACAGAGUUGCUGAAAGUAACGAUCGAGCGAGAGAUGUCCGGUGCCUUGAGAGUGGGACUGGAAACAAAUCUUCCGAGGGAGAUAUCAGAGAGAGGUUCGAUUCCGAGUAUACAACCGGCCCGUAUAGACCAUACUGGAAGUCAUUCACCAUCCUCGCGAGAAGUCUACCGCGAUCAUCCUCCAACGUCAACAAUCCACCCACCAUCCCAUUCGAGACAGCCUCCAGGCAUUUCCCAAGCAAUACACGACCAUAGUAAGAUAAACGACCGACCAGUCCAAACACCUGUCGAACCUUCUGAAUGCCCGUCUGCGAAUAUCUUCGAACAACUCGACGACACAUUCGGUGCUUUUGGUGAGCUCAUGUUCAAUCUGAUACCUGACGACCAAAGUAGCGCUUGGAAUUGGGGACGUACGGUCCCAUAG